GACCAACUGAACCGUACGGCGCUUGGGGGAACUCGCCCACCAUCGUGACCAACUUUUUUUUUCCUCUUUGCUGAGCCCACAUUGCUUGCCGCCCGCCGCCCGAGGACCCUUGCCCAUGCGCCUGCAUACAACGCAUUGUUGGCUGCCGCAACACGAAGGACGACAUGGCUGCAUCGUUCUCCCUCCUGCGAGGCAGACAACUGCACACUGGCAGCGAUCGACAGCGCACCCACACCCACUGCCACACUCUCGGGCUCUCACUCACCCACACCCAACGCCAGCACGUGCAGGCUCAGGCAUGAUGGUCGCUCACCGACAAUCACCGCCUUUUCUGCUGACCGACCCGAGCCCUCCCUCUCUUAUUUUUUCCCAAAUGCCUCUAGGGAGUGCCAAUGGGGCAAUACUCCCACAUGGCCUGGCGCACCACUUGAGUCGCACUAGCUGUCGAGUCAACUUGCUCCUGUGCUGCUGCCGCCCUCGGCCGCCCAGAGGAGGGGCGCUCGCGCGCUGCGAAUCAUAUCACGCCAGCUGGAGCGCCCCCGGGCUCAGUGGGCUGAGUGGCUGGCGCUAGACCGCGCCACCCCCGAGUGGUGCCGACAAUUGAGACUUGACGACCUUUGACGACUGCCCCGGACCAGGAUUGGCAUGGGCAUUGGCAUGGGCACGGCGGGGGCAGCAAUGCGGAGAAUUGAGCGGGCAAUUAUGUCAUGACCACAUCCUGGGCUUGGCACAGCGCUGCGGGGCUGAUGCUGGGCUGCUGGAUCCCCUUUUGCUACCGGCACGCCUGGCGACGCGUCUGGGUUGCAGUCUUUUAUGUGUUUUUUUGGCCCACCCAAGAUCCCACAAAGUCGGGUCCGCGGAGGAAGCCCUCGAGCCGCCCAUCCAUGCAUCAUAACAACGGCUUUUUUUCCUCUCCCUGUCUCUGUCUCGCGGCUGUUUAUCCCGCAGGAAGGAGAAAAAAAAAAUAUCGCCCACCACCUACGGAUAGCACAGCAAAUAACCGGGGAAGUGGAGGGGAGGGGGCUCAACCCUGCGUCCUCCACCCCCAACCUGAAGACCGCUCGUCAACUUGUUUGCAUGCCCGCUUCUUUAACUUGACUUUUCCCAUCUCGCCCUGCCCCUUGGUUCCAGGGACUCUUUUGUCCUGCGUGAACCGCUGCUAGGUCAAGAUCUGGAGUCUGGGGCAAGCAUUCUUCAAACCCACCCCCAGCUCCGUUAGUCUUUGCCCCCUCCUCCGGAACCGGCCAAAGGUCCAACUUUAAAGGUCCCCCUUCCACCCUCGCCAUCUGCUGAGAGCCUUUCCUGCUCUUCCCUCCGCACGCCAAAAGGCUGCUGGUGCUGAGAAACACGAGCGGGGUCAACCCAGACAAGACAGAAGGCCCGUCUGCCAUCCUUGCAGAAGGGGUCCCUUGGACGGACAGGUUUAGCACUUGUCUUGGGAUUCGGCAUUCUUUCGUCCCAUACCCGCCCCAUCCGAGCCCAUCCCCGUGAGACAUGAUUCCAACGUCAUCCCUGGCCGCCACCUGCAGUCUACAUGUACGUACUCCUGUAUAAUUCAAUACCACUCUGGGCCAUUGUUCCGACCUGCAAGCUACUCUCCCAUCAGCUGACGGGGCUGUCGACGAAAGAACGAGCUCCACCAUUUUUUUUUUGGCCGUAAAGCAAACAAGGUCUAGACCCCCGAACCUAUUUUGCUUCCACCCGUGGCGCAGAUUCGCUUCGACAGGCGCGAGCCCAUUAAGCGAUAGAUAUCGGCCCCGACACGCACGCCACUGUCCUCGACGACGCCUAACCGGCCCUUGCCUGUUCGCCGACCUCAGGAGGGCCGCCCGGCGGCUACGCUACUCCAUACGCACUCGCUCUCUUCCCAAUGUCGUCGGCCCUUGGGAGCUAGCUAUCAUGGACCCCGGCGAGACCAUCACCCACCUUUUGAAUAAUACAUGACCUGGGCUCUCCCCGACCGUGGACAAGCCAGAGUCUACUCGCCCGCCCGACGGCCCGUGCGCCCCUGGCGCGUCUCCGGACAGCAAUGUCGGCCCUAGGCUUCGCAGUCAAGGUCAACGGCGUCCCGGACCGCGGCCCUGCCGUCUUCGGUGUUACCGUUGCGACACUGUGUCUGGCCAGCGUGUUUGUUGUCGCAAGGCUGGUCAGUCGCAUCGGCAUCGUGCGCCGUUUUAGCUGGGACGAUGGCUUCGUCGUUGCCGCCUGGUUCCUCGCCUUCGCCCUCUCGUUUUCAAUCAUAUGGGGCACACGCAUGGGCCUGGGCCGAUACGAUAAGGACAUACGCGCCGAGGACCGCCCCAGCCUGCGCCGCGCCGAAUAUGCCUUCUCCAUUCUUUACAACCCGGCCCUCAUGGCCACCAAGACCUCCAUCCUCAUUUUCUACCUCAGGCUAUCCAAAAACACCAAGCCGCUGCUCCGCCUGGCCUCAUACGUCGUGCUUGCCAUCGUCAACUUGGCCGGCGUCAUUCUCACCUUCAUCAACAUAUUCCAGUGCAAACCAAUCCACGCUGCCUAUGACGAUGUGCCCUUCCAGCCUAUCUGCAUCCCUCUACUCACCGUUUUCAUCUGCUCUGCCCCGGUCAACAUAGUCACCGAUGUGGCCAUCCUGGCCCUCCCUAUGCCCGUCCUGACCAGCAUGAGGCUACCUCCCCGCCAAAAGACCAUUCUGGUCAUGACCUUCGCCCUUGGUGUGUUUGUCACCGUCGUCGAUGUUGUCAGGAUUUACUACCUUCAGCAGGCCAUCAGCUAUGUCCCGACCACGCCGUCUUCCGACGAGAACGCCAUCUACGGCGGCUCCCCCGAGUUCAGCUGGAACGCCUCGCUGUCUCUUAUGUGGUCUGCGGUUGAGGUGAACGUGGGAAUCACCUGCGCAUGCAUCCCAACUCUGAAGCCCCUCAUCAUGAGAAUCCUCCCGGUCAUGCUCGUCGACCCAGAAGGCACCGCCGGCUCGACUCAGCGCAGCCAGGAUAAGGACGUCGCCUUGUCUCCUAGACAAGCUAAUUUUGGUGCCGGAGGCGGCCUACAAGUUCCACGGACGUCUCAUGACCCCCAGCGGCAAAGCGGCAGUGACAACAACUCCCACAUGACAGGUGGGGGGCAGCAACAUCAGCAACCGCAUGACGAAAACGAGGAACUUAACUUCGCGGACUUCAUAGGGCACAUUGGAGCCUCGGGUCCUGGGUCUGGAGAGCGGGACAGCAGCGGGAGCACCAGGCGCGUCCAGCGGCGCCGCGGGACGCUGGCGACGUACGGGUCCGCCAACGGCUACGAGACGUCAGUCUACUUUGGUUUUGUCAACAUUAAAAGGCCAAAAAGCAUGCUCCAAGCGUCAGUUUCGGACUCGUGGAAAUACUGCACACUCGUCACGGUCCUCUUCCUCAUGUGGGGAGUGUCAUAUGGCCUACUCGGCACCCUCAACAACGUCGCUGCCUCGGUAGCAGACAUGAGCACGGCCAUGACUCUGGGCCUGACCAGCAUAUACUUUGGUGGCGGCUACUUCUUCGGCCCCCUGGUUGUUGGUGUUUGGAUCCUCCGGCAUGAUGAACACCAUCGGUCACGGCAGGGCGCGGCUAGGCACCACGCCUCGUACGAGUCCAUUGGCGGGUUCAAGGCCACCUUCAUGCUGGGCCUGUGCAUCUACGGCGUCGGCACCAUCAUGUUCUGGCCUGCUGCGGUUCUGGCCUCGUUCCCGGGCUUCAUGAUCUGCAACUUCGUCGUUGGCUUCGGCCUGGCCGUGCUCGAAACGGCCGCCAACCCAUUCCUCGCCCUGUGCGGUCCGCCGGCCUACGCCGAGAUGCGUUUGUGCCUAGCCCAGGGCGUGCAGGCCGUCGGCAGCGUGCUCAGCGGUCUGCUGGCCCAACACGUCUACUUCUCGAGCGUCUCAUCGCGGCAGAACACGGCCAACUCCCUAGUCCUCAUCGACGUGCAGUGGACCUACCUCUCUGUCACCCUCCUCUGCGUCGCACUCGCGCUACUAUUCUACUACAUUCCCAUCCCCGAAGUGACUGACGACGAGCUCGAGCAGGAGGCUGAGCGGUUGCCCGUGGACCCCAAGAAGCGAAGCAUCGGAGGCCUUCGCCUCGCAACCAUCUGCAUCAUACUUGCCGUCGUCGCGCAGUGGACAUACGUGGCCGCUCAGGAGAGCAUGAGCAUCUAUUUCAAAGAUCUUGUUAUAGCUUUGCUGCCACCAGAAAAUGCCUUGACUGUUACAACCCCACCCACACCGCCGUCUACCUCUACACUCACAACGGGCACGUCAGGCAGCAGCACGAUUGAGCCGCAGAAUCCUUCUUCAGACGAUAUGAUGACGCUAUCCGUGUCCAACUACAUGGAGGUAGCCCACGCGGCCUUCGCCGUGUCACGGUUCGCGGCCGGUGGGCUCGCGUACCUGUCGGCGCGGCACCCUACCGUCCGCUUCUUCCCGACGCCGCGGACCGUGCUGGCCGUCACGGUGGCGGCGCAGCUCGUGCUCACCGUCGCAAUCAUCGCCCUCCGCCGCGGUAACCCACCCGACGUCAUCGUGGCACCCAUCGUCCUCUUUUUCCUCGCCGAAGGCCCCGCCUGGCCUCUCAUCUUCUCGCUAGGCCUCCGCGGCCAGGGCAGGCGCACCAAGCUCGCCGCCGCCUGGCUCACCAUGGGCGCGUCCGGGCCGGCAUUUUGGCCCUUCGUCAUGCAGGCCAUCCUGAGCGCCGGCGCCGGAAUCCAGACGGCCUUCAUCGUUGUCGCGGCCCUGAUCUGCCUCACCCUCGCCUACCCCGUCUUCCUGGGCGUCUCGCGCGACGCCCGCGCCCUCGUCGACCCGGGCGAGGACAGGCCCGAGGACCGCGAGCCGGACGCCGCGUCGCACGCCGACGAGGAUGUCAACGACAUGCUCGCCCGCAGGCGACGGUCUCGCCACUUCUCCAUGGCCACGACGGCGCGCGCCUCGUCAGCCGAGGAAGGACACGGUGGAGGGGGCAUAAUCGAGAGGCUGAAGAGGGGCAUCGGGGGCUCCAGCCGGGGAAGCGAGGGGGCACGGACGCCCGGUGAUGCGUACGAGAGGAGGGCGAGCGAGGCUACCACCAUGGCCCCGUCGACGCCGUCGGCGGCGAAAUUCCGCGAGGAGCGGUCUCCCACCCAUUAUAAUACCCAGGCUCAGGGAGGGCCUACUUGACCUUGGAAGGGCAAGAGUUGUCUUUCUGGUUUGCUUUCUGUCUAUAUCUUCUGUCAUUUCGCGCUAUAUAUUCUUAUUUCAGUUCCAUACCAACAAUCUCAAGCGUCCAUGGACGCUUUAAUGCCCGACAAUCCUUUGUUGACUGGCAGAACGGUUUAGUGGAAAGUAAGUGUUUUGUGCCCCCCCUUGGGAGGGGGUUAACAAAAUGGAACCCCCAUGUAAACUUGAUCUCGCGAGUCGUGGAUAGUCUGCAUGUGCUGAAUCAGGUCGUUCCCACCGUGGAACUUUUGGGGGCAACCGGGGUUGGGGCAAGGGACGUUCUUUCUAAUGUUGGUCCAAGUUAAACGAGGUUGGUAAUUGAACGCCAUGGAGGACAGGAAGGGAGAAGCCAUACAAUGGCCAAAAUACAAUGUGCUACAAUAUACUUACAUCGGUGGUGGGAGAAUAUACAUGCUCCGAGGUUGAUCCUGUGCCUGCUGUUGGGAUUGAAUGGCGGGGUCCUUUCUGUCCAGCCUCGUGUCAACCCCCGGAAUCUCCUUGGCCGUCUGCAGUGGCUGCUGAUAUGCAUGUAUCGCUUGAGCA